AUCAAGAAUAAUUUGGAAAUGAAAAAGAUUGCGCUGAAACGAUUUAACGAGCUGUUUCAGCGCUUGCUGGCUAAUGCUUAUCAGUUAGCUACUAGCUUAGCUUGUGAGCCACCCUAUGAUGAUUAGCAUGCAGGUAGCCCGUAUAUGUCUGUUAUCCGGAAAAUCACCGGUGUGCUAACCGGGAGCCGAUUCACGCAGGCGUGACAGUCGUGAAACGGUUCUAACAUCUGUUCAGAACAACUCAGCCACCGAGCCUGGGCCGCCUCCGGUAGCUAACGCGGAGGACGGCAUUAGCCUGCUAGCUUCGGAGUAACAUGUUGAGCUGGGCUCGUGUGUGUGUGUGUGUGCGCGCGCGCGCGCGCUGUAAAUGGCAGCACAUGACCAUUGGCGCUGUAAACACUGCAGCCACACCGGCGCCUCCUGAUAACGGUAGCGGGCUCCGCGCUGCUCCUCCCCCGCUCCGGGGAUCGCCGUAACACAGCCGGCGUUGGUCUCUCCGUUACCGCCCGCGGUCCGGCUGCCAGCCGAGCUAUGACGCGAAACGUGGGCUGAUGGCAGCUGUUUACAUUCAGAUUUUUUAACCUGGACGGUAAAAUUAAACCGUUUCAGCUGGAUCAGCAUCGAGGGCCUGCGUGGAUAGGACGUUAACCUGAGUCCCCGGAGGGGUCCAAGUAGGGCAGUGUUUGGCCGUUUUCUUGGGUUUCUGGACCCCGCAGGCCUGUACAGUAAAGCUGGGCAGCAGUAACACCUCAGGGCCCGCUGGACCCCAACACUGGACAGCAGCAGGACUGUGAACUGCAUUGAGAGUCACAGCUGCCUCCAGAUGUUUAUCAUCGUGCAGUCAGCUGUAAAGAAUCCUGAGAUGUCCCAGUAACUAAUUGCUGAGUUUUAGGCCAAAGCUGAUCAAAUUAGUUCUUAAACUGUUUCCUGAACACAGUUAGUGUCUCAUCAUAUUUUAUUAAACAUGGUUAGUUCUGCUGGAAAGUUAUGGGAGUCUGUGGGGACUGACUCACUGCUGGCCCCUCUGCUGAACUUCAGAGGAGCUGCAGAUGGUGUUUCUCAGCGUUGGUUAGUUGGUCCUGAUGUCCGAGGACCAGUGUCACCAACGGGCUGAGGCCUCCCGGCGGGGCCAGGGCGGCCUGGAGACAGGGGAGGGUGACACUGAGCCCAGCAUGCUGUUGCAGAAACUGAAGAGCAACAUCUCGAAACACGUUCAGACCAAAGUAGAGCAGAUCCUGCAAGAUGUUCAGCGUUUCUCUGACAAUGACAAGUUGUACCUGUACCUCCAGCUGCCCUCUGGACCAAGUUCCGGAGACAAAAGUGGCGGCGAUUCAAGUUCAUUCAACACGGCCGACCAGCUUCACACCUGUAACUGGAUCCGCAGUCACCUGGAGGAGCAUUCAGACACCUGCCUGCCCAAACAGGACGUCUAUGAGACCUACAAGAGGUACUGUGAGAACCUGCAGCAGCGUCCUCUGAGCGCCGCCAACUUCGGGAAGAUCAUCAGAGACAUUUUUCCCAACAUCAAAGCGAGACGGCUCGGAGGCCGAGGACAGUCCAAGUACUGUUACAGCGGCAUCAGGAGGAAGACAGUCCUUAACAUGCCUCUGCUGCCCAACCUCGACCUGAAGAAUGACCCGGCGGAGCUCACCGAGCUGGUCCAGACCUACAAACAGGAAGUGACAGAGGCGGCGUGCGAGCUGAUUUGUGACUGGGCGCAGAAGAUCCUGAAGCGCUCGUUCGACACGGUGGUGGAGAUCGCUCGCUACCUGAUCCAGGAGCACAUUGUCAACCCUCGCUGUAGUCAGGCUGAGCUCGUCUCCUCCGCCGCGCUCGCAGGCGGUCCAGCUAAAACCCACAAAGUCAUCAAGAAGACUCCUUUGGCGUCCAGAGCUGACGGUGAUGGCGCUCCUGAUCAGAAGAAGGACCUCGGAGACUCUUCCUGCUCUUCCUCGCUGAAAUCACAAUCGGGAGACAAAUCGGCCUCGUCUGGAAAACCUUCCUCCCUGGAUGCUUCGCCUCCCUCCAGCUCUUCCUCAUCUCUACGUCCUGCGGUCGAAGCAUUCAUCAAGCAGUUACCCAGAAUCCUCCCUCGCAGCUCCAUCCCAGACAAGACACUCUCCGUCCGCUCCUCUCCACCCUCACUAGCUCCCAAAGAUGCCUCUGGUGUAGGGGAGGUGUCUGGACAUGGAGGCCCCACUGCCACCACUGCCACGAGUGGUGGCGGGGUGAAGGUGAUCGCGAUGGCAACGCUGCCACAGCAGCAGGGCGGCCCCAUUCCUGUGAUGAUUCUGCCUCAGACCUGUCUGUCCUACGAAAGGGAGAAGGUUGCCCCGCUUCCUCCACCUCAGCAGCAGCAUGCCCCUUCAGCCCCCACCUCUGUGGUCCAGAAGGUGCGAGGUGGAGCAGCCAAGCGUCCCCUGGAGGUGGUGGUGUCCAGUGGCAGCACCAUCAGUAGUAGCACCGCCACCAACACGACACCUGUGAAACGGAAACGAGGACGACCGAGAAAACCUCGCCCGGAGGACUCCCUGCCAGCCCCACCCACUACUCUUCCUCCUCCACCCCUGCCACCUGCGCCACCCCCUCCUCCUUCCAUCAUCAGCUCUGUGACCGGUGGCGUCAUCCAGAAAGCCUCCUCUUCGUCGACCUCCUCACAGCCCGUGCUGGAGCUGGUGAUCCAGGAACCGCCCGGCAUGGUUCUGGGUACGCUGCCGGCAGUGGAGCACCGUGGCGUGGUGGUGCAGUGCCCUCCAGAGGUGGACCGCCACAGUAAGCCACUGCUGCUGCUCCAGAGCCCGGGAAACCAGGGCUGGGAGCUGGCGGCGUCAGGGCGCACCCAGAUGGUGGAAGUCAUCCAGAAAGCUCCAAGACCUAGCAACAACAACAGCGCCACCACGCCGCCCACCGCACAUCUGCCAGCGCCUCCCCUCCCACUGCCCACGCUGCAUGAGGAGCAAGGCGAGGUGGAGAUCACGCUGACGCCAGUGGAGUCGCACGUCAACUUGCCGCCACCGCCUCCUCCUCCCACUUCCUCUGCUGGCUCCGCCUCUCCCGCCACAGUGACGAAGAAUGUGGAAGAGGAUGCAGAGGGCAGCACAUCCUCUCAGAGGGAGCGGCACUAACCCUGUUACCUCACUCGCUACAAAGCCUCGCCCCUCUGACGUCCUCUUCCUCAUUGGUGGAGAUCCCAGAUUGGCUGCGUCAAACAGCCAGUCAGGGGCAUACAUGAAACCAGAACACUCACAUCUCGUCGCCACACUUCCUCCGAACAUUUGUUGGUCUGCUGCUUUGCUUCACCUUAAAAUGUGCAGAGGAGGAGGCGGGGUUUGGUACUUACGGGUCAGAGCCUGGAAAAGGUUCUGUGUGUUAAACCUGAGAAACCACCUCUUUAAUGAGCUCAGCCUCUGCUCCCCUGUAGACCGUUGCCUCCAGGAGGUGCCGUUUGGGGAGCAGAGGCUCCGCCCCCCUGUUCUGAACAGCCUUGUUUUUAUCGUGUUGGUUUGUGAUUUUUUUUUUUUUUUUUUUUUUUUUUUUUUUAAAUGUGCUUGAGAGAAAAAAACAAGUUACCCCCAAAAUGAAGCCGUUUGAUCUAAACGUUUGAAUGCGACUUUAUUUAUUAGUUCCGCUUAUUCGAUUACAUUUAAAUUAUUAAUAGUCAGUCACAGACUCUAAAAGUGCUCGUGUCUGUUUCCGGUUUCCUGAUCGUCAGGGCCAGAUGUCCUCCUCUCACAGCAAACCUGCUUCCAUGUGUUCUUUGUCAAUAAGGACCAACUUUGUUUAACUAAAAAGUACUUUUUGUAAACUGUGCUGGAAACCUUCACCACCUGGUGGCAAUUUACUGAAAGUGCUUUUUUACUUCAGCAGGUCAUUUAUGGUGAGAAAUUCCCCCUCUUCCAGCAGCCACGUUGUUGUUUUCAUUUUAACGACGUGGAUGUCGCCUGCCGUUACAGAGCACAGCAGCGGCACGAUAUCUGGCCCUUAUGGAUCGAACGGUUGGUUUGAAGCUUGAGUUCAGGCACAAGAAGCAAAGCACAAAGUCGCCCUGCACCAACACUCACAUGCAGUAAGAAGAAUUUACCCACUUAGAGCCUGUUAGACGCCAUGCACCCUUUGCACUAACCAGCUCCCCGCGAGCGCCACCACAGCUCUGUCCUGAUCAGCAGUGUGACACAACCACGUCGAGACGCUGAUGUUAAUAAUAAAUAAAAUAAUCAAUAACCCAAAACAAAUGUUUCGGCCACAGGAAGUGCGCUAAACUUGUAACAGGGAGUGGUUCCUCCUCUUCUUCUGUGGUUCCUUCAGGAGGACUCUGGAAGUGUCAUAUUGCUGAGUGAUUGUUGUUCUUCACUUCUGUCAGACAGCUUCUCGCUCCCCGCGGGCGUUGUCUUCAUCAUUGGUGCUACAAACCUGCAAGGCUCGGCGCUGCCGCCGUCCUCGCCAUCUUCAUCCUGUGAUCUCAGACUUGUAAAAACCCUGUUUGUCAGUACUCACGUCUGGAGGUGUGAAUGUGGCGUGUUCAAGUGUGUGUCCUCACUUCCCUCUGUGACAAUGAGAGCUGUGGGUCAGUUGACGGGACGUCGAAAAUCCCGACUGUUAAUUCACACGUGUUGCAUGAUGGGAAGGUGCACACGGCAGCACUGCACUAAGUGCCAGUAUGUAAAUAUGACUGCAUGGUGUAAACUCAGCCGACUGGCACGUCUCGGCGUCCUGUUAACUGCCACGCCUCGGCCCUGACUGACUCCAGCGUCGCACUGUGUAAAGAAUCCGUGUGUGUUACCAGUUUGUUAUAUGCAUUCAGAGACUACGUCACAGGUAUUUAUGGGUAACGUUUUGCUUUGUGGUUGCACCUGACGAGAGGCCGACUGCACUACGGCCGUUUCAGUUUUUUAAAAAGUUGUUUUAAGUGUUGAACAGUGAGAAUAAAGAGGAAAAUAUGAGUGUUUUAUGAGAGCUGCAGUAAUCGCACAGAGUAGUUACAUUUCACGGUUUGUAGACGUAAAGAUGUCUCUCUAAAGGCCUCAGUUUACUUCAGACGAAGUUUGUACGAUAAACUGCGUCUGACGACAGCCACAGGCGAGUCACCUGACCUGGACUGUGGUUACAGCAGUCCACCCGCUUCCAAUCGCAUCACGAGGUGUAGGACUUGGACCUGAUGCUGAAUUUUAUCCAGGACUGAGAAGGCUUGCUGGUCCUGAACUGGUCCCUGUUGCUUUAGGGCUUCCUUUGAGGUGGACUGAGGCCUGGAUGCUUCCAGAAAGAAAAACAAAAAACCCCUCUGUGGGCAAAGUUGCUGCUGAGUUGACCAAUGAGUCGCUCUGCUGCCAGUCACCGUUGACUCUGUCCUCAUCACUUUAUUGCAGACCUGAUGUUAAAGUCAAAUGUUGCUUUUGGGAAUCAAAAAGUUCCAACUGAAACCCAAAGAGAUUGUUCCCUGUGCAGGAGCUGCUGGGCUAAACUGGGCAAACUGGGAAACCUGACAAAGAUGUGAAAAGAGCUGAAGUUGGGACUAACAGCGCGAGUAACUGAGCAGGGCUGACAUUUGAUUCAGAACAUGAGUCUAAAAAUCAGUUUCCAAAAGCAUCCAAACGAUCGGUGAUUGUGAGAGAGCCAAUCGGGGGGAGAGAAAGUCAAGGGGUAAAGAGGUGGACUUGAGCUGCUUCACACCUGCUCUACAAAACGACCGGGUGUGAAGCAGCAUUACGAAGCCUGAGACACGAACCCCAGAAACUUUGGUUCAUCUGAAUAAGUGGAUCUGCUUCAUCUUUGAUGAUCCCUGAAAGGCUGACACCCAGAAGAACUCCAGUUUAACCCAGUUAAAAGCAGCUAUGGCCCAGUCUGGCCUUGCACUGGGAGCAUGGGUUUGCAGCUGUCUGUGGGAGGUGUUCACUGUGGAGCCGCGGUGCUCGAACAAACUAAACCAGAAACGGGUCAGAUAAUCAAAGAUUAAAUGAUCGGGAUCCGGGUAGCAGGGCGUUGACUCCAAAGGGCCAGACUGACGACACGGCGCCUUCCGAUGUCACUUCCUGUCUUGUUUAUAUGUGCUGUACAUGCGCAGAGCGGCUCCCCUGCGAAGCAGAGCCCUCUGAGAUGUGAACAGCUGAUUAUUAGCGCAGGAAACUGACCCUCACCGGGUCAGAGACCUUCACUGACGAAACGUGACGAGAUGACGAGGCACUGUUGGGACCGAGCCCUGCGGUUGAUGUGAUGGCGGUCCCGUGGGAGUCGUGGUUCUGGGUGGAGCCCAGCGGGGCCGGGUGUUUGUCUGUGUAACCAGCGGCAUCGACGUUUCCUGUUGUUUUCCUUCUGCCUCGUGCUUUGUCGGUUGUUGAGCUUGUUGAUGUGCAGAUUUUCUUCUUCUUGGUGUUGCCGUGAGAAACGCCAUCGGUUUCCUGCAUGUGUUCCCAUGGCUGCUGGUCUCUUUUAGAUGUUUGUUUCUCCGUAACUCCGCCCUCUCUCCUUUCUGUUGCUUUUUUGUUUUGCACUUUACUUCGGGAGUGGUGGAGGUUGGAGGAUGAACCUCCUGUUCAGCAGGCAGUGUGACGCAGCUUUGCUUUGCCCGCUGCUUCGCUUGUGUUUGUUUGUUGUGAAGAGAAAGUGAAGCGUGAUGAGGACAGAAGCCAGAACUUUAAUGUGAAUCUAUUUUCCUACGUGACGCAAUAAAGACGUGAUGUUAACUGAC